GAGGUGGCCGACGCGCAGGAGGAGGGCCUCUCCGCCCCCUUCCUCCGCCACUUAUGCGGCACCGACGAGCUCGAGCGGGUGCGCACCCUGGAGAUCCAGGUGGACUCGGCGGCCCAGUGCCUGGAGCCCAUCGGGGAGCACCUGCCCAACCUGCAGCAGCUGAAGCUCGUGGACUCGAGCGUGCUGUGCGUGCGGGACCUCGGGAUUGCGCUGGCGCGGCUGGAGGUGCUCUGGAUGAGCAGGUGCGGCCUGCAGGACCUGAGCGGGGCGGCGUCGUGCCUGCCCGCGCUCAAGGAGCUCUACAUCCCCUUCAACGACGUGGCGGACCUGUCGCCCCUGGCCGGCCACGAGUUCCUGGAGGUGCUGGACGUCGAGGGGAACGCGGUCGCCGACGUGGGAGAGGUCUCCGUGCUGGGGAUGUGCCCCCAGCUGCGCGAGGUGACGCUGAGCGGCAAUCCGGUCUCGCGCAGCGGCGGCCUCUCGCGCGGGGACGUCCUGCAGCUCCUGCCGCAGCUGGCCAUCCUCGACGAUGCGGGCGCGCACGAGUCCGAGCUGGAGGGCGCACGAGUCGCGUCGGCCAGGCUGCCCAACGGAGAGGACGAGUCCGAGUGCGACAUUGGGGCCGACAGGGACUUCCUCCGUGGGCUGGGCGACAGCACAGGUCGGGGCGGCAAACUUGUUGAGGAGCCCGGGGAUGCAGACCUCUCCGACGACGAUGCUUCGGAUGGCUCCAGGCCGUCUGGCUCGGGGGAAGGCAUCGGGUCGGCCAUCCCGCCCCUGCGGCCACGGCAUCCCCUCCUGAUCGAAGGGCUGACCCAGGUGGGCCUUGCGGGCGGGCGGCACGCGGGAGAGCCCGACGAGGACGAGCUCGUCACUGAACGCUUGAAGCGGGCGCGGCCCAGAUCCCUGGCCCAGCACGCAUUCACCGCGCGGCCCGCUGCUCCUAGCGAAGGCGCAUGGUUCAGCCUGAGCAUGCCCGAUCGGCGGCAGGCAAGGACUGCGGCCCCGCUGGCUCCGGCGGGUGUGCCGCUGUCCUUCAGGCCUGCCACUCCCUCCAACAGUGGCUUCCGCCUGGACGAGCCUACUGGAUCGCAGGACACGGCUAGCUCGCUGACCUGCGGGGACUCGCUUGCGGGGAACCCGAUGCGGGCCCUCCGGCAGCGCCGCCUCCAGGAUUCUGGCGCCAUGACGUCCAGGGACUCGGACGUGGACAUCCGGGAGCUGCUGCGGCGCUACCAGGCCUACGAGCAGCAGCGGCAGGCCAGCGUGUCGCAGGGGAGCUCCGGGGCGCAGUCCCCGCAGCGGCGCCCGACCACGCCCGACGUGCGCAUCCACACGCUCGCCGCGGAGGGCGCCCGCCCGCGCUCCGGCCUGCGGCGCCCGCCCACGCCACCCGCGGACAGCCCGGGGAGCGCCGCGAGCCGCGCGGAGAGCGCGGGCACCCCGGCCGAGCCGCCGCCGGCGCCGCGCGCGGGGCUGCCCCCGCGGCUGCCGGGUAGGGGCAGGGCGCCGGGCGCGGGCCGCGCGG